GCACAGAAUUCUAGAACACACACGCAUGACGUGACCUUGUGUCAAAGUCAGAUCGGUCACAUAGGUCGUACGACCAGUGAAAGCGGGAGGUAGAAAGGUGUUUACCGGUGUUGUUAAAUCAAAUUGAAAUCUGAAAGUAAGAUGUCCAAAUACAAGAUUGUUAUGGUGAGACACGGAGAGAGUGAAUGGAAUAAAUUGAACCUGUUCUGCGGAUGGUUUGAUGCCGAUUUGAGUAACAAAGGUAAAGAAGAAGCUGUAUCUGCAGGAAAAGCCUUGAAAGUGGAUAAUUAUAAGUUUGAUAUAGCCCAUACUUCAGUGUUGACAAGAGCACAGAAAACAUUAGAAGCUAUUUUGAAAGAAACUGGACAAACUGAUCUGCCUGUUGAGAAAUCAUGGAGGCUAAACGAACGACACUAUGGUGGACUUACUGGAUUAAAUAAGGCUGAAACUGCUGCCAAGUAUGGAGAGGAGCAGGUUCAGAUAUGGCGACGUAGUUUUGAUGUACCACCACCUCCCAUGGAAAAGGAUCAUCCUUAUUAUGAUAAAAUUGUUAAUGAUCCAAGAUAUGCCAAGGAACCUAAACUUGAAGAAUUCCCUAUGUUUGAAUCCCUCAAGCUCACAAUACAGCGGACAUUGCCAUAUUGGAAUGACGUGAUAGUUCCCCAAAUAAAGGAAGGAAAACAGAUUUUAAUUGCUGCUCAUGGCAACAGUCUGCGAGGAAUUGUCAAACAUCUAGAUGAUCUGUCGGAUGAAGCUAUAAUGGGGUUGAAUCUUCCAACUGGUAUCCCAUUUGUAUAUGAGCUGGAUGCAGACUUAAAACCUGUUGUGUCCAUGAAGUUCCUGGGAGAUCCAGAAACAGUGAAGAAAGCAAUGGAAGCAGUGGCUGCACAGGGCAAAGUCAAGUGAAAGUAAUGACUUAAUGAAGAUAGAUGAAUAGUUGUUUUGGUGUUACAUUGUGUUCAUUUCCUGACAUUUCAGCAUUGUAAAUGUGACAGAUUACAGUUGACACAUUGAACUUGAACCAUAUUGUAAUUAUAGCGAUAUGUGUACAUAUCUAUGGAAACAUAACGUGACUGUCAGAAGAAAACAUGGGCCAAAUUGAUGUUUGAAAUUAUAUUUAAAAGUGUUACAUGUCCUGUAGAUACAUAAAUAGAGCCCAGUUCAGUGAACAGUGGACCGUUAUUUGCACCUUUAUUUCAGCCAUUAAAGACUUAACAUAUAUGCUUUUAUGGGGGGAAAUGGAUGUGAACUUUAAACUGAAGGAAAUUUUAACCAGUAGAAAUCUGUAUUUGAUAAUUCAUCUAGAACUGUAAAUAUUUAAUCCUGAGUGAUGGCAAACAGCAUUUUAAUGGUGAAAUUUCUUAAGCCCAGUUAGUAACAUAUUUUAUUUCAUUGAUACUGCCAUGAGAGUGGAACUGAAUGAGACACAUCAGCUUCUGGUCUAUACUGAUGAUUCAAGUUAUGGGUCGAGAGACAAAUACCAUAAAGAAAAACAAUGAAACUGUGUUAGAUGCUACUAACGUGGUUGAUCUAAAAGUAAACAUAGAAAGCCAA